AUGUCGACCUCUACCGAGCUCAACGACGCCGAGUUCAACGACUGGUUCGGCGACUCACCCCCAAACCUGCUCGAGUUCAUAGACUCGGACGCCGACACGCUCCAGUCCCUAGAGGCGUCGAGGAAGGCGGGUCGCAAGGGGUUUCUGUCGCCAGAGCCGAAUGUGAAUUUCGCACCCUCUGCCACCUCGGCCGACUCGCCCAUCUCGCCCUUCCAAGACUCUUCGUCCGAGGACUCGCUGUCGACCAAGCGCACACGGAGCACCGCCUCGGCCAAGACUGGUCUGACGAGCGCGGACACGAUGAUGACGGACGGGCCCGAGGUCAAGCAAGAUUACAAUGUCGAGGACUUUUUGCACGUCGACGACGACGAGGCCUUCCGGUACGAUGGCGCGACAAUCAACCCCCGCUCGAUCGAGCAGCAAUUCAGCAUGGACGACGCGGCCAUGGAGAACGUGUUCGACUUUGCCAGCGCGACCAGCAGCCCGAGCCCCAAUGCUCAAGCAGCGCCGACCCCCGAGGCACACAUCAGACACGAUGCGCAGCACAAUUCCAUGGGCAAGGCUGCCUCGCCCGUUGAGGCGAAACCCGCCAACCGACGGCACAACAAGGCGCUCUCGCAGUACUCAUUAACGCAGUCUAUGAAUGGCCUCAAGACCAAUGGCUCGAGGGAAGUGUCGCCCGCGUCGAACUUUAUUUUUAGCCAGGACUCCUCACCUUCCGCCUUUUUCAAUAACUCACCCUCGCCAGUCAUGAACAUUGACUUUACGCACGGUGGGAACAUGACCAUGACCACCGACGGCAUCAUGCCUUUCACAGGAGUUUCUCCAGCUCAACCCCCACCGGGACGACCUGCUCCUGGCAUGCUCAUGCCGAAUGGGAUUCCCGCACCGCUACACUUUGGCAUGUACCCGCAGCAGCCAAUGUUUGGCGGCCAGAGCCCUUGCAAACUGACGAUCGAUCCGAUCCCGCUCAAGUCGCGUGUCGAGACGCAAAUUCCCAUCAAGAUGAGACUGUCACCGCUACCGCCAGGCAUCAAGCGGCUGCAUCUUCCCACGCACACAAUCUCCAAGCCGAAGCUGCUGGCCAAGCCGCGGGCUGAACGCUCGCCCGAUAUGCUUGAGCUUUCGACGAUGCUGGUCUGCACGAGCGCCAUGCAAAACCCGGACCUUCGGCGCAAGGCGUUGGCCCGUGCUGCUGCGGGCAUCUAUCCCCCGCCCGAGUCAUCGAGCGGCGAUGAUGACGAGACCAAGCCCGCAAAUGGCGGCGAGAUAUGGAUCUGCAAGGGGUGCAUACAACGGGAGCGGAAGCGUGCCGAUCGCAAAAAGUCAAAGAAGCCCGAGGAGGACGAGACCUGGAGGCGUAACGAGCACCGGCGCGUCAUUGUCUUCAAUACGCAGGAGAUCAAGGAGUGGCAGAACCCGGCCGCCAUGGGCCACGGGGCUGCGGCCGUGGAGCAGAUGAUGGAGGCUGCCGUCGAUGCGCCGAUGAGGAUAGCAUGCUACUGCCGACAUCACGGCGAGAAGUCUGGCUUCCAAGUCAUCUUUACCAUCAAGGACUGCCGGGACCAGGUCAUUGCGCAGGCCUUCUCAGCGUCCAUCAUGAUCACGGACGACCACAAGACGCACACCCUACCGCCAGGCAUGGGCGCCACCUCUACGAGUAAUACCUCGGAAACGUCGCUUGUACAACAGCAAUCGCUGGCGACCACCCCCGAGAACAGUGCUCUCAGCCCUGGGAACAGCUUCCGCGUAUCACAAUCUACUUCUGAUCUGACCUCGUUGAAGCGCCAGUCGAGUACGCUCGCUCCGGGCGCGGCAUCACAGAACGGUUCUGCAGGGCCAACCCCGCGCAAUCUGUCACGACCAGCUUCACCGACCUCCGCGUCGGGACCUUCAACGAAGAAGAGGAAAUCGAGUGGCUCGACCAAGGUUCCCUCUGGGCUUGCGAUGACUCGUCUCGAAACCGCUCAGGUACCUGCUUCGCAGGCUCCUAAUGGGCAGCCCAGCACCGCUGUCUCCAAGGCCACAUCACCCUUCUCGCCGAACAUCGCCGGCUUCGCCCCUGAACAGAUAUUUGCGCAGCAGUCUACUAGCCCUGCGAACUUGACGCAGCCCUUUGCGACGGGCCCGCCGACGCCAAACAGCAACAACGAUCAGAUGUUCUUCUCGAACAACAACCGAUCAGCAAGCAUGGACAACCUCGCCAUGACCCAGCUGUAUUCAGCACCUACAUCUACUCACCCAAGCCGUGCACCCAGCCCCAACGGUCUCCGGAACGCUGCCACCGCUGCGCAGCAGCAGGCGCAGAUAACACAAGCGCUCCAGACCAACCUCUUCUCCAUGCCAUUGGGCAUGCCGCAGGCGCCCCAGGCACCUUCCAUCAUCCACAAAAUUAUCCCUGGCGAAGGACCCAAGUCGGGGGGCAUCGAGGUUACGAUUCUCGGCAUUGGCUUCUACCAGGGAUUGGAUGUCAUGUUCGGCGACCAGAAGGCGACCACGACGACAUUCUGGGGAGAGCGCUCGCUCGUCUGCCUGGUUCCUCCUUCGCCUACUGCGGGCCACGUCUUGGUCACUCUUAAGCAGUCCAACGGCCAGCCUGCCUCGCCGUUCCCACCCAACCAGCAGCGCAUCACGUUCAAGUAUAUUGACGAUGACGAGCAGCAUCUCCUGAGGACGGCUCUUACAGUGCUGUCCAAGAAGAUGACGGGCAGGUUCGAGGAUGCCCAGGAGGUUGCCCGACGUAUCAUCGGCACUGACACCUCGAGCUGGGGCACUUCGUCUGGCCCGGCUGGCGGUUCUUCGGGUGGCAACUACACGGGCUAUAGCGCUAGCGGUGUCAACUACGAGUCCAAGCUGCUGAAGAUCCUCGAGCUUAUCGAUCUGGACGACUCGGCAAACAAGGCCUACUACAACCUCUGCAGGAAGAAGACGGGCCAGACCAUGUUGCACCUGGCCUGCGCCCUCGGCAUGCAUAGGUUUGUAGCUGGCCUUCUCGCUAGAGGCGCGCACCCCGAUGUCCGCGACCGCUGCGGAUACACGCCAAUGCACCUCGCCGCUCUGAACAACCAGCCUGAGAUCGUGAGGCGGUUGAUCAUGGCCGGUGCUGACCCGACCAUCCGAACCCUCUCGGGUCUGACCGUGGCCGAGCUUGCGCCUUCGCGUGAAGUGCUGUUGGUCAUCCGUCGCAUCGAGCGUCAUGCCAGAUCUCGCAGCGGAGGCUCGAUCCACAGCCGUGCUAGCAGCGCGGCGUCGCUCAAGUCUCUCUGGGAGCCCCCUGCUUCCCAGCUGGCGGCUGGAGAAUACGCUACGAAUGAUUCCGAGUCGGCGGAUGAAAGUCCCGAGUACUCGGAGAACGCCACGACCGAGGAUGAGAGCAGUGACGAGGAACACGACGAGUGGCUGCAUAUGAGGCGGGGCAGCACGCAGGGUCGUCGCAGCCAAGACAGCAAGCCGGCUCCCCUGAUGCCGGCGACCGACGACCAUGUCGCAGCCGGCCUGGGCUCGCCUGCCGCCACGAUGAUGGCGUUCAAGGACCACUUUGCCGCGCAGAUCCAGCAGUUCCAGCAAGCGAUGGCGCUGCGCGUGCCCAACCUGCCGCAGUUCCCUUACUCGCUGCAGAUGCCGCACUCGUGGCCCGAGUCGUACCAGGCCUACCUCAACGCCAACCCCAUGUUCCAGCGCAUCUCGUCGCUGGUGCCCAACAUUGGCGGCGGCGGCGGGUCGAGCCGGCCCGGCUCUGCGGCGGAGAAUAACAGCCCGUCCAAGGAGAUGGAGAGCCGCUGGUGGGACCUGUCGUCGCUCAUGCCGAGCUCCGGGGCGCCGCCGCCCUCGUACGAGGAGAUCUUCCCGCAGAAGGACCUCGACACGAAGCAGGCGACGGCGGCCGGGGCGGCGGCCGAGGCCGAGGCCGACAGCAAGUGCGCCGCGCUGUACGACGAGAGCGUCGCGAGCGGGAGCUCGUCGACGUCAGCGUCGGCGUCGUCGUCGGCGAGCCAGCUCCCCGCCCUGCUGCAGAUCGGGCGCAAGAACGCCAUCACCAAGGAGCAGCAGGAUCAGUUCCGGCGGGUGCACGCCGAGAAGAGGAAGGGGCUUGAUGCGGAUAGGAAGUUGUUCUUCAUCUGGGUAUGUCUUCAUUCACCACCCCCGGCUGACUGA